AAAUAAAUAUUUCGAGCUGAUAAAUCGUUCUCAAAUUUGAUAUUCGUGCUGUCGCGCGGACUGAGUGCGAAGGAGGGGGGCACUUCUUCAGACCGGCCCCUCUCCCGCAACUUGCAGAAACCCAGUGUGCCCCUUCUCUCGGGAUUGCUCUGAACUAUUCUAGAAAGGGGAGAGGAAAUGCGGACAGGUGAGCUAGAAGUAGCAAAGUUCUGUGAGGUGAACCAGCGCUACGAGACGCAAGUUAAUGAUGAAGAGGAAAGUGCAGUGAUAUACAGUGAAAUGACGGCCGCCAAAAUGGUCUUCACGUCUCUGUUCGUGCUCUACCCGUACCUGACAAUUCACAUGAGAGAGCUGGGAAUCAACGUGGAGGAGACAGCCAUCAUGUCGGCCGUGACUCCGGUUGUGGCUAUUGUGAUGCCGCCUAUUGCAGGCAUGGUGGCGGACCGAAUAGGAAAUUUCAGGAUUCUGCUGUCGGUGUUCUCGUCGCUGGGGGGCGCCGCCUCGCUGCUGCUGCUCCUGGUGCCCGUGGGUAGAGUUACUGUCACCUACCCAGAACGUGUCAUCUUCAGCGUGGGAUGUGGAGGGGGAAGGGACGGGUACCUGGACCUGGUUAUGAGCGGAGACCCGCCAUGCAGCUACGUACCUUCCAUCAGGCUCGGGAAGAUACAGCAGGUGGAGAUGACACUGGAAGCUUGUGGAUUCAUCUGUGAUUCUUCAAUUGGCGGCCAAGUAACUGCAGUGUUGCCUGCUGUGUCAACAAAUGAGAAGGACACUUCACAACGCAUCCUUCAGACAACCCGCUAUGACGUCAUCGUUGGCAGCCGUGUCCCCAACGAGACGAAGGAGACCUACUCCUAUACACUUUCUUCUGAAGAAAUGCCCGAAACCUCAGACACAGACCGUGACUUGAGGAGCCACCGCUUCAGGAAGAACAAUGAAUUUUACCGAACCUCUGUUAGAAGUGCUUCAAACAAUUCUUAUUUCUUCCCAACCACCGGUCUCUACAACCUGAGCUGUGUUCUUGUAGACGCCAAGUAUGACUGUAGGUUUGGCAAGAACGCUAGUGCCCAGGGAGCGCCGAAGGUGCAGACACCCAGGGAGCGGUUCAAGACGAGUCUGUUUCUUGCUAACAAGAGCAACAACAUGUUUCUAGCAACGGGUUUAAGCAACUGGGUUGCUACUGAAACCGGCAACGGGUCUGCGACAUCUAGAGAAAAUGCAAAUGCGACAUGCAGUGAUGUCUACACUCAGGCUGGCCGGAAAGUCAGCGUUUCAGUGCCGUUGCAAGAUCCCGACCGUACCGUGCAGCUGUCCAGCUGCCGUGCCCGGUGCCUCGUAACAGCUCCGCGACAAGAUGUUUGCUCGAACCUCGAGAUAGAAGAGACAUAUGACAUCAGCCUGACUUUCUGGAGCUAUCUGGCCAUCAGGGUGUUCAUAGGCAUGAUCGGAGGGACGGCCUUCGCCAUGUUCGAGGGUGCAGUAAUCGCUAUCCUGAGGGAACAGAACGCGGACUAUGGGCUUCAGAGGAUCUACGCCACUAUCGGGGGCAUGAUCAGCUCCCCCCUCUCCGGCCUUCUGAUCGACUACGCGAGCAGAGGCAAAGGCUACACCGACUUCAGGCCAGCCUUCUACCUGUACGCGGGCCUCAAGAUAGCCAGCGGUCUGCUCAUGCUGACAAUGAACCUGGAGUUCAAGUCGCCCGCAACUAACGUCCUGUCUGACGUCAUGUCAGUGAUACGAAACGUCGAGAUAGUCGCCCUCUUCAUCGCCAUCUUCGUGCUCGGGACUGCAUGGGGUUACAUUGAGAGCUUCCUGUUCUGGCUGCUGCAAGAUCUGGGGGCCUCCCGCUCUCUCAUGGGGAUAACCAUCACAGUUGGCGGCGUUGCUGGGAUUCCUCUCCUUGUGCUCUCUGGUCCAAUAAUUGACAAGAUAGGACACGCUAAUGUUCUAUUCAUUGGCUUCAUAUUCUACGCCAUCAGACUCUUUGGUUACUCCCUCAUCUACAACCCGUGGCUGUGUCUGAUUUUUGAGGCAAUGGAGAGUGUGACAUCAUCCCUCUCUUUCACUGCAGCCGUCACAUACGCAGCGAAACUGUCCACCACAACCACGGACUCCAGUGUACAAGGUUUACUAGGGGGCCUCUACUUUGGCGUAGGCAAAGGAGCAGGCAGCCUUAUCGGUGGGUACAUGAUGAAGGCAUUUGACACCCGCCCCACCUACCGCAUAUUUGCUGUAGCCUGCACGGUCACGGGGAUCUUGUAUUUCCUCUUCAACAAGUUCUACCUCCGCAAGAGACCUCAGGUUCGAACCCAAUUUUGUUGUUCGCUCCACAGUUUUGUGAACAUUUUCAGGCCCAUGGACAGUUGCAUUGUACCAUUACUCCAUUUUGGAUUACAACAACACCCCUCUCUUUCGUCUCGCAUUCCUACCUCAAGGAAAGGACAACGCUCACGAGAUCAUGAUGUUCCUAUUUCAUCUUUUGAACUAUCUGACCAAUUUUCACGAAACUGA